AUGGCGUCGCCACCACCCACCGCAGCGGAUAUACAGAAACUAGGAGAGGGGGAGGGGCCGGAUUCGGGGUCGCAGACGGCAACCGAACCUCAGCAGGGAGACGAUACUGAUGCUUUGGAGGGCGCAUCGGAGGCCGCUGGUGACAUCGAGAAGGCUGCCGGACGACAAGAGGCCGCAGGCGAUCGCAGAGUGCAGGUUAUCUGCAUCGCCCUCUACACGCUACUUGCCAGUCUAACGGCGACCAUGUUUGCCCCGGGCGUCGACGACUUGGUGAAGGACUUCAAGGUUACAGACGAAACCGUGGCCAGCCUGGCAGUCUCCAUCUACGUCCUUGGGUUUGCCAUCGGCCCGCUUCUCUUCGCACCGUUGUCCGAGCGUUACGGCCGGCUGCCCGUGUAUGCAAGCUCAGGGGCAUCUUCAUCGCCUUCCUGA